AUGGUGGAGGUGCAUGUUUCCAUACUGCUGAUGAUGUGCAUGAGUGUGGACAGGCUGCUGGCCGUGGUGUUUCCCAUCGCCUCUCUGACCUGGAGGAAUGCAAGCAAAGCUACAUGUGUGUGUGUGCUGGUCUGGCUGCUGGCGCUCGCUGGUACAGUGCCACUUCUCUUAGUGAGACAAACAUUCAAGAUAAAGGAUGUGGGCAUCACCUGCCAUGACGUACUACGCCAAAAUGACCCUACAGUACUGUACUAUGUGUACUUGUUCUCCAUCCUCUCCUGCCUCUAUUUCUUCUUGCUUCUGGUCGUCACCUUUGUGAGCUACUCCACCCUCAUAUACACAACAUCUUCAUCUUCAGACAAUCGAAGGAGAGCUGUGGCUGUUGCUGUGCUGAUUGAGUUUGUGGUGUGCUUUGCUGCAACCAAUGGCAUCCUGUUGUACCACUGUGUUCAUUUAGCUAAUGGAGACCACCACAAGGGAGAUUCAUCAUAUGCGGCUUACCUGACGGCUGUGUGUUUGGGGAGCGCAAGUGUUUUUCUGGACCCUCUACCGUACUACUACGGCUCGUCUCAAUGCAGAAAGCAGAUUCGCUCUGUGUUUUGGUGUGAGAAAGCAAAAAAGAGAGCAAAAACACAGUCAAACACAAAAACCUCUCCGUGCACUACAGGUGCACAGUAA